AAGGCAUUUAGAUUUUUAAACAGUGAGCUUGAUGAUAAACGUGUUGUUUUGGUAGUAUAACCCACAAAGCAAGCCUUGGUUAUUAGUUGAUCUGAGGCCUGGCAUAAAAGAAAAGUCUUUUUUAACAAGUGUGUGAAAAUGGCCGAGCGAAAGACACAAUUUAUAACAAAUCAUGAGGACACAGUACACGCAAAUUUUUUCUCUUAUACGAAAUUUGAAGAGGAUGUUCAUGAUGCAAUACUUCUAGAGGAAUUGUGUGAUAGUGUGAAUAAAACAAUAAACCUGCUGUCUAAAGACUACAUAUGGCAUAAGGAUGAGUUGAAAGUGUAUAUCCCUAUUUUAUUGGAAUCAAAUGAGACUCAAGUUCAUCUCAAAAGUACAACAUGUUUUGGUGGUAACAUUGAAGAUGAAUGGUUUAUAGUAUACCUUAUUUUUGAAAUAAGCAGAAUGUUUGAAGAUCUCAUAAUACAAUUAACUGACAAUGAUGGUGACUUUCUUCUUAUAGAAGCUGCAAAUGUUUUACCAUCAUGGGCCAAUCCAGAGAGUACAGAAAAUAGGAUAUUUAUUUAUAAAGGCCAUAUCCAUAUUAUUCAACCUUCCCUUAUAAAUCUGAACACUGAUUUUACUAUUCGAGAAGCUUUAAAAUUGGUAAUUCAGUUACCAGAGCAAACUAUAGCAUCAACUGAUAUUGAACAAGUUGUUUGGUCUAGAGUAGGCCAAUAUCCACAGAAAAUAAAACAAAGUUUUCAUAAUGCUGUAGUGAAUUUGCCACUUGAUUUAGCAACUUUGUUAACAUUGAAUCCAUCAUUUAUAUCUGCUAUUGUGGAAUGUUAUUGCAACCAUGACCUAUUUGAAGUAAAAUAUUGUCAAAAUGUAGAAUACCAAGAUCCUAUUUUCGUAAAAGUCAAGUUUACUAAGUGUUUGUAUGCCAUGUUAUUGCAUUCAAAAUAUAUAAAAAUUAAUGGAUGCAAAGAAGAAAAAGACAAAAAAUAUAUAUUAGGCCAUAAACUAAUAUGUGGAUUUAAUAUGUUGAUGAAAAGAAACAUUGAAGAUAUUUUUUCCACCAAAGAAUUUAUGAGGUUUUUGAAUAAUUUGUCAGACAAUGGAUACUUUCGGCAAAAUAUUAAGGAUUCAAAGGAAUAUAAUAAAUUAUUGGAAAAAGCAAAGAAUUAUUUCCUUGAUAUGGAAUGUCCAAUAAAUACUUCUGUAUCUAAAAACAUUAGUGAAGUAAUGGUUUCUGACAACUUUAAAACUAUUAAAGAAUCCUUGAAAAAAUGUAAUACUGAUAAUAUAAGCAAAUUAGAAGAUGACAGUGAUGAAUGGUUAAAUAUUAGUCCACACCAAUUAAAUGAAUUUUUAAAUACACGAUACAGUGAUCAAAUUAAAUUUAAUAAAAGUGAUGUUAUGACACCACAUGCAAUAACAAAAAAAAUAUCUAGCUUUUUGAAAGAAACAUCUGAUUUUGAGGGUGUUGAUUCAAUAACGACGAGAACAGACACAAGAGAAAGCGAAUCAGACAAUCCAUGCAUUGAUUUUGACUCUGAUGAUUUUGUGAAUUGUCUAAAGAAAAUGUUGGAUUUUAUGUCUUCUGAAAAUAAUAGUUUAGAUGAUUCUGAUAUUGAAAAAGAGUCUGAUAACACUGAUAGAGAAGAUGAAGGAUUAGAAGAAGAAUUAGCAUCCAAACUUAAUUUAUUCUCAAGUAAUAGAAAUAAAAGUCAGGCUGUCAUGUUAAAUAUUGCUGAAAGUGUUAAGGAAGAAGGUUUAACAGGACCUGCAAUGCAAGCUAUGCGAGGUUGGCAUCUCGCAGAAGGAGGCGGGGCGGAGAGGGUCCGUGAGGAACAAGUCCUCGCGGAUUCACUCCGUCAUCGUCGGAGGGUGGGGACUAGGAGAUGGCAAUAUGACCGGCUUCUAGCUCUCUUCUGGAAUCAGAAUAAAAUUAUUAUAGAUUAA